UUCCACAUUCCACGUUCUCAGCUCUUCUAAGGCUGUUUCUCUUCUCGUUCGCCAAGGCCAGCCCCGAGUCGAGCCUUGGUCUGAUCGUCGGGUUUUUCUGAGCCAACUCGAGAUGCUUUUCGGAGGCCGCUUAAGCAUCCUUCGCUCAGUUCGAAUCCAACCUUCGUUGAGAGAGGACCAUUGUGGCUCAAUUUGUGCCCAAGAAGAGGAGCGAAAACGAGAAAUUCCACAGACCUGACUGGCGGGAAUGGUCAUGACAAUUGUUGGAGGAAUUGGAUGGACCAUUAUAACGCCGUAAGCACGUCAGCCGCCCAAAGAAGUGCAUCAACCCGUAGCGAGUGACUGGCCGAGCAAGACUAGCAAUAAAGAUUCGGAAUCCUCACUCAUCUUUCAUUUUGCCUCGAGGUUCCUCACAGGCUUUUUCGGCUCCUUUAACAACCAGGUUGAUGAUGAACGAACCCCAAGGCCAAUAUCCCGGACCUUUGGUAGAACAUCCAAGAUAAAUGUUCCCAAACUAGGACGAUGUCUGUCCUCCUUUUCUCCAAAACAAGCAAGGACCCCCAAAAAGCUGAGGAGGAUCAACCCAAAAUGAAGUUUUGUCCAUGGGCUCCUGCUUGUCCUUUCAUCAUCUCUGGGCGGCCUUCAAUGGUCUUGGCUCCAGUUCAGAGGCUGUAACGACAAGGACAGAGGAGCGAGACGCAAUCCCUCUCAUUUGUGUUGCAAUAGGCAUUUUGGAGGCUGGAACCUGGAAUUGGAACGGUUAAUGCCCAUUCAACAUGACGGAUGGUGAAGAGAUGUAUACAAAGAGGACAAAAGGGGCCAAUGCUUCGACCGACUAAGUACCCUUCGCCAACAAUCCGAGGACAACUAGCAGACAGUCACUCAUGCGACGACAAAGAUAUGCGAACAAAUCAGAAAAUCAUCUAAUUAGCUUGCCCCUUGUCAUAUCUAUAUCUACAGAGUCCUGAGCAGCCGAAACCAAAAAAUCAGAGGGAAAAAACAAGAGUCCCCUAUGAUGCAGUCCCACGUCCAACUCCGGCCGAUGGGACCAUUCAGGAUGAAUAAUGGGAAGUGUGACACCCGUGACGAAUCGUUACGUGGUGUUUUGUCGCAGAAGCCGCCUAGUUCAUCAUCUUUAUCAGAUGGCAAGUUGAGUUGCAGGAAAUGCCCUUGCCAUCAGAAAUCUAAAUGGAAUGCAUCAGGAUCUCCAAUUUCAUCCGCCUGUCAAAAACCGAAAUGUGGAGGACAAUCCCCAACAUUGCCAUCGUCCAUAGCACGCCACAAUGGAGAGAGCCAUCAACUGAGCUGGGAUCCACCGUCCCUGCAUCCAGCCUCUUUGGAGUCUCAUGGUAGCUUGCCUAUUCUCAAAAGGCUCCAAAGACUCUCAGCUAAGCCCUCCAAAUUCAAUCAGCAUUCUUCUCCAUCUUCUUCGUCCGCAUCCUCUGGGGCCCGUGGUCUUUCUAGCUUGUCACCCAUGAUGAAGAAACGCUCACCCGUGAAGGCGGAUCGAAAUGAGGCACUCCCUAGCGAGUUUCGCCCCAAAGAAGAAGGAACCAUAUCUGUGAUACACACUGAGGGGCCCUCUCAUUUCUUGGACGAUAGCAAUCUCUUGAACGAUGGUGACGCCUCAUUUUCUAAGAACUCUCCCAGCGGUUUCCGUCAACAACGCCAAUAUAUUCCGAGUCCGCUGAGCUCACCUGCUGCGGCCAGGAGAUUUGGCCAAAGACUCGGGGACAAAAUCUGUUCCAGCCCGAUUGUGUGUCGUGUGAAGAAGAGAAUCCGGGAUGAGUCCUCGGGGGAUUCUAAGCGAAAUGGCUUUUGCGGUCUCUUGAGCAGCUUUCGAGAGCAAGAAACCGAGAACUUGUUCAUUUUGCGAACAGGUGACACGGGCAGAAUCGCCAAUCGGGUCCACGAUGACAAGUGGGAUGUUUGGACCUCAAUGGGCGAGGAUAUGUGGGAAGAGUGGGAAGAGGAGAGUGACUCGGGGUCAGACAACGACGACGAGGAUGAGGACGGAGGAGGCUCCUCCCAUCGGGAAUCUUCCAUUUCAUCAUCUUCAGACGAUGACUUUCUCGAGCUUCCCUUAAAUGACAUGACAAUUUCCGCGGCAAGAAGAUGAGAAGAAACAAUUGGAAGAAAGAAGAAAAAUAGACGUGAAGGAAAGAAACUCGGGAGCUGUUCCAAAACUUUCGUGAUGCCUAUCGUGACAGGAGUGCGGUGAUGGGAUUGAACUUUUGUUCCACUCUACGCCGAGUUCUCAGUCCACAUGGAAUCACCAUCAAUGGCAAUGGAACAAACAACUCACACACAUUUCGUUGCGUCGAAAGUGAACACAAGACAUUAAACCGAAUGCACCUGUACCCUAUGUAUGGUUAAGAUCAUCAUUGAACCGGAAUAUAAAGCAUUUUAUUGGCAUUUAAUUUUCCAAUACUUUUAGAGGUCA